AUGAACACUCUGUCUUUAGCAGGAGAAAGACCAGACUCAGAGGAACCAAAGCCACGGACGUCCAAACCAAGAAUACACACAGAAGAAAAGCUGUACCGCUGCUCCCAGUGUGGAAGGAGUUUUACCCACUUACGUAACCUGAAAACACAUGAGAGAAUACACACAGGGCAGAAGCCUUACCAUUGCUCCCAGUGUGGAAAUAAUUUUACCCACUUAAAUAACCUGAAAACACAUGAGCAAUUACACACAGAGGAGAAGCCUUACUGCUGCUCCCAGUGUGGAAAGCGUUUUAACCAGAAAAGCUACCUGAAAAAACAUGAGAAAAUACACACAGGAGAAAAGCCUUACCACUGCUCCCAGUGUGGAAAGCGUUUUAACCAGAAAAGCUACCUGAAACAACAUGAGAGAAUACACACAGGAGAAAAGCUGUACAAUUGCUCCCAGUGUGGAAAAGGUUGUAACCGCUUAAGUGACCUGAAACGACAUGAGAGAAUACACACAGGAGAAAAGCUGUACCACUGCUCCCAGUGUGGAAAGAGUUUUACCCACUUACGUAACCUGAAAACACAUGAGAUAAUACAUACAGGGGAGAAGCCUUACCACUGCUCCCAGUGUGGAAAGAGUUUUAUCCACUUAUGUAACCUGAAAACACAUGAGCAGUUACACACAGGGGAGAAGCCUUACCACUGCUCCCAGUGUGGAAAGAGUUUUAAUCAGAAAAGCUACCUUAAAAAACACGAGAGAUCACACACAGGGGAGAGGCCUUACCACUGCUCCCAGUGUGGUAAGGGUUGUAACCAGUUAGGGGACCUGAAACAACAUGAGAGAGUACACACAGGAGAAAAGCUGUACCACUGCUCCCAGUGUGGAAAGAGUUUUACCCAGUUAGGGGCCCUGAAACGGCAUGAGAGAAUACACACAGGAGAAAAGCUGUACCACUGCUCCCAGUGUGGAAAGAUUUUUACCCAGUUAUUGAACUUGAAAACACAUGAGAGAAUACACACACAGGGGAGAAGCCUUACCACUCCUCCCAGUGUGGAAAUUGUUUUAAUCAGCGUCACCAGCUGGACGAGCUCCCUUAUUGCUGACGAGGCAGAGAAGAGUCUCUCCAGAUCAGAACACCAGAUGGGUUACCAGGACAACGCUAGCCCUUCCGUCCUCCCGGAGUUCCCGUGUUGUGCCUCUUCUGGUAGCGCCUUACUGCUGGGUAUGAAGAGGUUGUCUGUGCUGCUGGUGGACUGCAGGAAAACAACGGGGCUGAGUGGAACUGUGAGAGGAGGAGGAGAGAAGAAAGGAUCAGAUUUGACUCAUCAAAGAGGAAAACCAACCUUGGAGGAACCAAAGACGUCCAACCCAGCAAGACGACACCUCUGCUCCCAUUGUGGAAAAAGUUUUAACCAGUUAGUUAGAUUGAAAAGACAUGAGAGGGUACACAUAAGAACGAAGCCACUCCAUUGCUCCCAGUGUGGAAAGAGUUUUAAGCGGUUAGACACCCUCAAAGCUCAUGAGCGAAUACACACAGGGGAGAAGCCAUGCCAUUGCGCCCAGUGUGGAAAGAGUUUUACCCAAUUAGGAAGCCUGAAAGAACACAUGAGACUGCACACAGGGGAGAAGCCUUACCACUGCUCCGAGUGUGGAAAGAGUUUUAAUCAGUCAGGAAGCCUGAAAGCUCAUGAGCGAAUACACACAGGGGAGAAGCCUUACCACUGCUCCCAUUGUGCAAAGCGUUUUAUCCAAUUAGGAAGCCUGAAAGAACACAUGAGAGUGCACACAGGGGAGAAGCCUUACCACUGCUCCCAGUGUGCCAAGCGUUUUACCCAUUUAGGAAACCUGAAAGAACACAAGAGACUGCACACAGGGGAGAAGCCUUACCACUGCUCCCGGUGUUCAAAGCGUUUUACCCAUUUAGGAAACCUGAAAGCUCAUGAGCGAAUACACACAGGGGAGAAGCCUUACCAUUGUUCCCACUGUGGAAAGCGUUUUAACUAUUCAGGAAAGCUGAAAGAACACAUGAGACUGCACACAGGGGAGAAGCCUUACAAAUGCUCAGACUGUGGGAAGACAUAUUACUCAUCACAGGACCUGUACCGACAUGAGAGAAUACACACAGGGGAGAAAUCUUACCACUGCUUGCAGUGUGGAAAGAGUUUUAGCCAGUCAGGGGAUCUGAAAAAACAUGAGAGAAUACACACAGGGGAGAAGCCUUACCACUGCUCCCAGUGUGGAAAGAGUUUUAACCAUUUAAGGAUCCUGAAAGUUCAUGAGAUAAUACACACAGGGGAGAAGCCUUACCAAUGCUCCCAGUGUGGAAAGUGUUUCAACCAGUCAGGGCAUCUGAAAGAACAUGAGAUAAUACACACAGGGGAGAAGCCUUACCACUGCUCCCAGUGUGGCAAGUGUUUUAACCGGUCAGGGAACCUGAAAAAUCACGAGAGAAUACACACAGGGGAGAAGCCUUACCACUGCUCCCAGUGUGGAAAGAGUUUUAACCAUUUAGGGACCCUGAAAGUUCAUGAGAUAAUACACACAGGGGAGAAGCCUUACCACUGCUCCCAGUGUGGCAAGUGUUUUAACCAGUUAUGGAACCUGAAACAACACAAGAGAAUACACACAGGGGAGAAGCCUUACCAAUGCUCCCAGUGUGGAAAGUUUUUCAGCCAGUCAGGGGAUCUGAAAAAACACGAGACAAUACACACAGUGGAGAAGCCUUACCACUGCUCCCAGUGUGGGAAGUGUUUCAGCCGGUCAGGGCAUCUGAAAGAACAUGAGAUAAUACACACAGGGGAGAAGCCUUACCACUGCUCCCAGUGUGGCAAGUGUUUUAACCGGUCAGGGAACCUGAAAAAACACGAGAGAAUACACACAGGGGAGAAGCCUUACCACUGCUCCCAGUCUGGAAAGAGUUUUAACCAAUUAAACAACCUGAAAGAA